AUGACGGGAGGCACCCUCAACUUCAUCACCUUCAACCAGGACUACAGCUGUCUGGCUGUUGGCACCUCCAAGGGCUUUCGCUUCUACCACACUGAUCCGUUUUCCAAGAUCUUUAGCAGCGACGAGGGCAAUGUGUCCAUUAUCGAGAUGCUCUUUUCCACCUCGCUGGUAGCUUUGAUCCUUACACCUCGACAGCUCGAGAUCCAGAACACCAAGGUAGACCAACCCUCCCAGUACCGCCAGUGUUUACCCCCCAGGGAACUUAGACUAAUGCAGCGGCCCCUUCUACCAACCCAGAGAGCUUCCGUCAUUUGCGAACUUACCUUCCCAUCCGCCGUCCUAGCUGUCCGCUUGAACCGUAAACGCCUAGCCGUGGUGCUCGAAUGCCAGAUCUACCUCUACGAUGUUUCCAACAUGAACCUGGUCCAAACGAUCGACACCUCGCCGAACCCCAACGCCAUCUGCGCCCUAUCUCCCUCGUCCGAUUCCUGCUAUCUCGUCUACCCUCGUCCCAACCCGCGAGAGGACGUCGGUGCCAAGGCCCCCGCCCACCUGCCGCCCCCAAGUCAAUACGCCCCGCCCAAGCGCGGCGAUGUGCUCGUUUACGAUGCCCUUAACCUCAAGACUGUCAAUGUUGUCGAGGCCCACAAGUCCCCUCUCUGCGCUAUCGCCCUCAACCACGACGGCAGCAUGCUCGCCACUGCUUCCGAGACAGGCACCAUCAUCCGCGUCUUCUCGCUUCCUCAGGGCCAAAAGCUCUUCCAGUUCCGCAGGGGCACGGUUCCUACCUCGAUUUACAGCAUGUCCUUCAACUUGAGCUCCACGCUCCUCUGCGUCUCGUCGACUUCGGAUACCGUACACAUCUUCCGUCUCCUCAACACACAGAAGAACAACCAGAAUAUGUUGCAAAGUGGUGGUGGUGCGGCGCAGGGAGGAGGAGGAGCCCGGUCACGAAACUUUGACGUCAACGAUCCCUCCUCACACAACAACUAUAGCGAUGUACCAUCCGCGAGCAACGGCAACAACGGCUCUGGCUCUGGUAGUGGUGGUGGUCAUAGGAGACAGCCAAGCGGGUCCUUCAGCAGCAUGCUUAGGCGGUCAUCGCAGAUGAUGGUCCGCGGAGUGGCUGGCGUAGCUAGCUCGUACCUCCCGACGUCGGUGGCGGAGAUGUGGGAGCCCGAGCGAGACUUUGCGUUUAUCAAGAUCCCCAAGUCUUCCAACAGCAGGACGGGCGGCCUGAGCGCAACGCCGUUGAGAAGCGUGGUGGCGAUGAGCAGUAGCUCGCCGCAGGUUAUGGUUGUUACCAGCGAUGGCGGGUUUUAUGUCUACAAUAUUGAUAUGGAGAAGGGCGGGGAGGGGUAUCUUGUGAAGCAAUUCUCGGUGCUGGACGGCGACGACAAGCUUACGAACUCGGACUAUGGAGCUUAG